UCCAUAUCUUAUCAAAGGAAAAUCCAUUAGUGGCUGGCAAAACAAAUCCCAACCGAAACUCGCAAACAGCGCAAAGCAAUGUUUUGUCACUAUACAGCAAGGGCAGGUAGGCAAAUGAUAAGCAGUGCAAAGCAGGUGGUGAUGCUCACCCAGGCGAGCACGUUAGCAUCUCCACCCACACCUCUCUCAUCGCACCCCACUAACGUGCGCCUCGUACCCGAACCCAACCGCUCCUUCGUAACCAUGACCACCAAUAACGACGACCCUCACGAGGUCGACGCAAUAUUUCAGCGAAAGCACUCGCUCCGAUCCAAAUUACGCAAGGACCUCAAGAAUAUGGACCCAAUCCGGAGAUCCGAAGAAGAUAAUGCCAUUCAGAGUAUUGUAUUAGAAGCUCCAUGGUUUAAGGCUAGUAAGAGUUUAUGUGCUUAUAUUAGCUGUGCUGCUUUAAGAGAGGUUGACACAUCAAGAAUUGUGUCACAAGUUUUAUCCAAACCAACCCAAGAACAGAAAAAGCUUUAUGUUCCUCGUGUGGAGGACAGGAAUAGCAACAUGAGAAUGCUAAAGAUUUCGAGUGUUGAUGAUCUGAUUAUAAAUUCGAUGAACAUUUUGGAACCAUCUCUAGUAGAUUGUGAUGGGAAACAACGUGAAGAUGUUAUGGAGGCAAGCAAUCCAGUUGAUUUGUUCAUCUUACCUGGGCUUGCAUUUGACAGAUCUGGAAGACGUUUGGGCCGUAGUGGGGGCUACUAUGAUUUGUUCCUGAAGAAGUACCAAGAGCUUGCAAAGCAGCGGAAAUGGAAGCAGCCCCUCCUCGUUGCACUAUCAUAUUCUCUGCAGAUUGUGGAUGAAGGAGCUAUAGCUGUCACUUCCAAUGAUAUUUCAGUGGAUGCUCUUGUGUCCCCAGCUGGUUUCAUUCCUAUGAGCCCAGCUGCUUUGGACAGGGGUUAAUGUAAAGAAUCCCUCUUUUCUGCUCUACGUGAUGAAAGUUUGCCUACAAUUAAAUUGAAGCAUUUAAGUGAUUUCUAUGAAUCUAAAUCCACUGCAUCUUCAAAUUAGCAUGAGAGCUGCCUGGCAAUUCAUAGGUCUCCUUCCCUUUUUUUAGCUGAAAACAGGAUUGAAAGUAAUAUGGAUCAGGGCAUUUCUCUUGCUUUUGCUUAAAGUUGUAUAACCAUCUUAAAUUAGAUUGAAUCCUUUUGCAGCUUGAGAGUAUAUGUUUGACUGCUUUGAUAUAACAACAAUCAAAUUCUAGUCUCAAAAUUUUGGAGUCGACUAUGACUUCUCAAUAGACUAAUCAUGAUUGGCCACAUGUAUUCUUUUCUAUUAUUCUAUUCUAUCCAAAGUCAAAACAUUAAUUGCUUUUUA